UUUCUAUGUCUAAAUAUUGUUUUUCCUUUUUCUUCUCUGGUUAAGAUUAUGCUUUGAAGUUUGGAUUGAGGAUGUUUAUAUCCCAUGAGUCUCUGUUUCAAAGCUCACUGUUUUCAACUUUUUGAAGUUUGUUUCUUUCACUUCCUGUUUUUGGUCAUUUUGUUCUUUUGUUAUUGGACACUUGUUACGUAAUCAAGUUGUGAAGAUUUUAAUCUUAUGUUGAAGCUUGAGGGUGAUUUUCUAGUGUCUGAGUUUGUUUGAUCAAAUUCCAUAGCUUUGGAAGGGAUUCAGUCUUCAAAAAUGUUUCUGCCUAGCUUCUCUGGCCUAUUUAUUUCUUUCUUCUAGAAGUCGGUAAUUUCGAGUCUUUGUGACCUGCAGAAACAGAAUAUAUUUUUGUUUUAAUUUUUGGGAGUUAAAGGCUUUGAGAGGUGAGCGGUUUUUGAUUUUAUGUUUCUUUGAAAUCCUCACCUGGUUCAGAAAGUAGCAAAAAGCUGAAGUUGGGUGUUUAUCUUUUUCAAAUUUCUUAUCUUUUCUGUCUUGCCUUGCUGUAUCAAGUUGGGUCAUAUAGAAUUUAGAAACUCCUGGAUCUAGCUUCAUGCUUUAAAGAAUUUGCUAAAAUUGCUGGUAAAUCCUCAGUAGGGGAAAGGUGAAGUCCUUAUCAUCUCAAGGUUUGAUGGAAUUCGGUUGCAUGUAAUAGAUAAUAAUAAUAUUAUUUUCUGCUGACUGCAGAUGCGCAGAAACCAAAAGCUUUUCACGAUUUGUUUCUGACUUGAUUGAAUUAACUGGUAUUUAUUGUAUUGCUUUGAUCAAAUGUUUUUUGGUCUAUAGGAAAUUUGUUUAGUUGGGAAUUAGUACGAUUCUGGGAGAACCAUAGUAAUAAUAGUAACUCAAGAUCAUUCCUUCUUAGAUACGCCAAAUUUCGCCUCUUCUCCCAGAAAGGGGUCCCGAUUGGAGACUUCAAGCCACAUAAAGUAUUUUCACAACCAUAUGACAUCUGAUAUGGUUGAUGAUGUAGAAGAUGUAGCGUGUUUUCUGCAUUGAGAUAUCCAUUCUGGAUUGUGAAUUUGAUAUGAGAUGGUUAGUUGUGGUGCUUUUGAAGAAAUAAAUGUUUGUUUUAGGUGGUUAAUAGUAAUAAUAAUAAUAAUAACAUUUGGGUUAGGUGCCCCACCAUUGGAAGAUAAGUAUUCAUGUAGUUAGGGGUGGUUGAGCACAUAAAGUUUCUGAUGGUAGCUUUUGUCGAAUUUGGUUUCACCAUUUUUGAAUAGGCGGUAGACCAGAUCUUACCAACCAACAGCUGCGGUUCUGUCUUUCUGAAUAUACAAGAGAAGUCAAUACCAUUUGCUGCCCUUAAUGGGUCUUUGAGUUCAGAGGAGAGGGAAGAGUUGAAGAUGAUAUAGUUUAACGACUUUUCCCUUGUUUUUUCAUUCUGUGACGGCCAUGGAAACUUGGGAAUUAUGAUUUUGGCAGCAGAUGGCCAUUGACCAGUACUUUGAAGAAGCUGUUGCUCAUAACCAUUUAAGCGAAGAAGGUAAUACUUCCUUGCAAAAGUGGAAGAGUUCUCCACGUCAAGUCACAGAUUCUGGUGAUAAUCCCUCGGGUGGUUUUGACUGCAACAUCUGCCUAGACUCUGUGCAGGAUCCGGUGGUCACGCUAUGUGGUCACCUAUAUUGUUGGCCCUGCAUUUACAAAUGGCUUCAUUUUCAGACCGCUUCCACUGAAAACCAAGAGCAGAAACAGCAGCAAUGUCCUGUAUGCAAAGCUGAAGUCUCACAUACCUCACUGGUGCCGCUUUAUGGCAGGGGCCUGACAACUAAGGCAUCAAGAGGCAAGACUCCCCAACUUGGUUUAGUCAUACCAAAGAGGCCUCUUGCUCCUACUCCUAAUACUACCAAUAGUUCGCAGUUUGCACAGCAAUUACAUCACCGCGGCUAUUCAUACCAACCACAAAUGUACUACCCUCAACAUGGCAGUUAUCAAGCUUCACCGCUUCUUAGUCCUGGUGGCAUGACCAUCAAUGUACUGGAUCCAGUGACCCGAAUGCUUGGUGGAAUGGUGUACACGAGGGUAUUUGGGAACUCGAUUACAAAUUUAUAUACUUAUCCAAAUUCAUACAAUCUUACUGGGAGCACUAGUCCUAGGAUCAGAAGGCAUGUAAUGCAAGCCGAUAAGUCACUCAGCAGAAUAAGUUUUUUCCUCUUCUGUUGCAUAAUACUCUGUCUUCUUUUGUUCUGAUUUGUAUUUCUCCGCUUCAUUCCCAUUUUAUGCUUGUAUAGAAGACAAAAGUUAUUCAAAUUCAGCCGGAUGUACUAGUACCUCAUGAGAUGUUGCAUCUCCUGUGCUGCGAAAUAGAAUAUAUGUAAUUAUGAGUUCUGUGCA